AUGUUUUCAAGAAUUUUCUGUCGAGAAUUCAACAUAAGAUUCACCUCACCUGCUGCAAAUAUUUGUUCCUUGUGUACUCGUCUUAGACAUAACAUCAAGUCCGAAAAAGACGCUAAAAAGAAAUCCGAUCUCAUCGUAGAGCUAAGAAUUCACAGAAAAAGAUCGAAGGCUUUUUAUGACUUGGCAAAAGAAAACCCUCCCAACUCAAUAACUUUCUGUUUCAAUAUGCAACAAGUGCAACCUUUACCGCGUACCCCUAUCUCAGAUUCUUUUUACUCCCAUCAAGUGAGUUUGUAUGUAUUUUGCUGCGUUGGAAUGGACUCUAAUUUUCCAACAUUUUAUAUAUGGACGGAAGAUCUAGACGGACGAGGUUCAGUUGAGAUUGGUUCUGCACUUCUAGCUCACCUGGAUACUCUUGACUAUGAAGGCAUUAAAGUGUUGAGGCUCUUUUGCGAUGGCUGUGGGAGGCAAAAUAAGAACUCGCAUGUAAUACAUGCUCUUUACCAUUGGCUUAAAGUGAAAUCCCCAAAAGGAGUCGAAGAAAUCCAGGUGACCUAUCCUGUCCGAGGUCAUAGUUUUUUGCCUGCCGAUAGAGUGUUUGGGCGGAUAGAAAAGACUCACGAAAAAAUACGACGCUAA